AUGCCUGCGCUGUCAAUUCCGCAGACGGUAUUCCUCUGUGCAGAGGGGAGGGAAGGGAGUAGAAGGGGAGAAGAAAGAUUCCAUGCCGCUAAAGAGCGAUGGGAAGGGCAAUCUGGAGGGGCCGAGCGCGGUGGAAAUGCAGGGUAUUUUCACAAAAAGGGCUUCAGAGACAUUGAGAAGUUGAAGCAAGAUAUAUUAGCCCAGGAACAACGAGUGCGCGAAACCCGCACCUGCGUCCAAGAAGCCAAAGAGGCCUACUCCACAGCCAUCAACCGCCGCUCCGCCUCACAACGCGAAGUUAAUGAGCUCCUACAACGCAAACACGCCUGGAGCCCCACAGAUCUCGAGCGCUUUACUUCCCUCUACCGCUCCGACCAUGCGAACGAGCGUGCUGAAACGGACGCGCAGGAGGCACUGGUGGUCGCCGAGCGCGAGGCGGAAGAGGCUGCAGCACUGUUGAGCAAGAGCAUCCUAUCCCGCUACCACGAGGAGCAGAUCUGGUCCGACAAGAUCCGUCGCAUGAGUACGUGGGGCACAUGGGGCCUGAUGGGGGUGAACGUGCUGUUGUUCCUGAUUUUCCAGGUAGCUGUCGAGCCGUGGCGGCGCCGCAGGUUGGUGAAGGGAUUUGAGGAGAAGGUUAUGGAGGCGUUGGAGAGGGAGAAUGGAAUGAAAGAGGGAGUGGGUGCUGUGGAAGGCGCCACCCUUCGUGAUGGUGCCACUACCGUUCCUGCUGCUGCAGCUGCGCCAUCACUCAUCGCAGAACCAGUUACUCCUACAUUCUCCAAUAUCUCAGACGAGACUCCAGCAGGACCAUCAGAUGCCGCCAUGUUUACUGAACAAGACGUUCCCGAUCCAGCCGUCGUAUCUGCUACCGCACCUACCCUCACCGCGUUACAACCGAACAAACAAUCACAAUCGUCGACAUCCGCGCUUCUUCUACCACCAGACGCUUCUCUGUCGCCAGAUUCCUGGCGCCAGACGAUCCAUGACCUCUUCGGUGAACGACGCAUUACGCUUUCCCAGCGCGAGCUGACGACGGUAGCGCUCGAGAGUGCAGCGGCUGGUGCGGCCGUGAUGGGCGUUUUGAUUGCCCUGUUUAGACCACGAUGA